AUGGCCAUCGCAGAACCAGUCUUGGGAUUGGUUGAAUCGAUAGCACUCAUUACCUUGAUCUUUGUCGAACAUAGAAACUCGAGAAAGCCGUCCAAGAUUAUUGGGGGAUACCUUGCCAUCACCAUCAUCCUCGACAUUGCUUUGGUGCGCACCUUUUGGAUCAGGUCGAUGUGGGCUAUUGCGGCUGUGUUCACUUGCGCUUUCGCCCUCAAAGUGACUCUUCUGAUCUUAGAGGAAUGGCCUAAAGUCUUAGUGGGAGAGAACGAAAAGAUACGGGAGACUUCUUCAGGUGUGAUUAAUAGAAGUGUGUUCUGGUGGCUGAACAGCCUCUUCCUUCAAGGGUAUCGUGGCAUUCUCGAAACUGCGGAUUUGCAAAACAUCGACCCAAAAUUCGAUACAGACCAUGUAUCAAAACCCUUGGAAGAGCGAUGGAUACGAGACCCAAAGAACGGACCCUCCAGCCUUUUGAAGUGCACCUUUCUUGCGUAUAAAUGGCAGUUUGCAGUAGGCAUCCUUCCUCGACUUCUCCACAGUGGUUUCAAUUUUGCACAGCCAUUUCUUAUACAAUCCGUCAUUAACUUUGUUGGUCGAAAGGAAAUGUCUGUACAAAUUUCCAGUGGCCUCAUCGGAGCGACUGUACUUAUCUAUCUCGGCCUUGCGAUAUCCGGAGCAUGGCACAAGCACCUGUCGUUUCAGAUGGUCACCAUGUACCGAGGCGGACUGAUCUCGUUGAUAUUCAAGAAGACGCUAAAACUCAAAACAUCGUCUGUCAAAGAUUCCGCACAAGUUACACUCAUGACAACGGAUGUCGAAACGAUUGUGGCUGCUGGGGCAUCGAUCCAUGAUAUGUGGGCCAACAUGAUAGAACUUCCUAUUGGUAUCUACCUACUGCACCGUCAGAUAGGCAAUCCGAGUCUUCUUGUACUCGUUCCAACGAUUGUCACCACCAUUUUGAGCGGAAUCAUCUCUGUAGCCAUGGAGCCAGCGACAGUGCAAUGGAACGCAAUGGUCCAAAAGCGCGUGGGCGAAACAUCAAGCAUGCUGGACCAGAUCAAAGGCAUUAAGAUGAUGGGCUUGACGAAUUUCUUUCGCCAAACAGUGCAGAGUCUGAGAGUAAAGGAACUAAAAGUAUCUGCAAAAUUUCGAUGGCUACUUGUACAUUUUGUCACACUUGCCAUGGUUUCUGCACAAGUAACACCAGUCGUUGUGAUACUCUCGGCAAUCUACUGGUCAAGAUCCGACCAAGGACUGAGCGUUGCUGAGGCCUUUACCUCACUGUCCUUAGUAUCACUUGUCACCCAACCGCUUGUUACGAUUCUUGUUUCGUUGAUGCAGAUUGCUGGAGUUGUGGCAGGGUGUGGCAGAAUCCAGGCAUUUCUGUUGCUCAAGGAGCAAGACAUCAUGACAGCAGAGGUGCCUGAAAAUGGCCUGGCAGUGGCCAUCAACAAUGCAUGCUUUUCCACCGACGAAGGAAACACACUUCUUACCGAUAUCAACAUGCGUGUUGUUCAAGGAACCAUCAACAUGAUCGUGGGAAAAGUAGGAAGCAGCAAGUCGACUCUUCUCAAAGCCAUCAUCGGCGAGAACACGCCAUCACAAGGAAGUGUCAGAACAGAAGCUUCAGUUGCAUAUUGCGAUCAAGUUCCAUGGCUUCGGAACACAACAGUCAGCAAAAACAUCAUCGGGCAGUCACAGGUUGAUGAGAAGUGGCUCGCAAGAGUCAUACGAUCAUGUGCACUUGAUGAGGAUCUAGCGCAGUUGCCUCAGGGUCAAGAGACUGUUGUUGGUUCCAGAGGAGUCGCGUUGAGUGGUGGGCAGAAGCAGAGAGUCGCUCUAGCUCGCGCUGUGUAUUCCCAGAGCAAGCUCAUCGUUCUUGACGAUGUUUUCAGCAGCCUUGACCAGACGACGUCCGACACAGUCUUUGAUCGACUUCUGGGAGAGAAAGGGUUGCUUCGGAAAAGCACUGUCAUUCUGGCAACCAGUAAUGCCCGUUUCCUUUCCUCGGCCGAUCGCAUCACAGUUGUUGACGAGGGCCGCAUCGCUCGCAACCAAAUUACAUACUCUGAACUCGAACUUACGGAAACGCUCAAAGUUAUUACACCCAUGCAGUCCCCCGAAAUCGUCCAAAAGGAUAUUGCUACGGUUAUCCCAAAAGAAGAGAUUGAUCUGUCACGAAAGACAGGCGAUACAGAAUGCUACAAAAUCUACGUUCGAUCAAUGGGUUGGAAAGUCAUCGGUAUUGUCUUUCCCACCGCUGUGAUGGGCGCGGUCACGGAAGCUAUGCCUCAGAUCUGGCUACGAAUCUGGACCGAAAAGGGCGAUGGGUCAAAGGAUGCCAAAUAUGUAGGUGGCUAUGUGGGACUCGUCGUUGCCGCCAUGAUUCUAGCACUUGUCAACAUCAGCUACUUCCUCAUAAUGGGCGUCGAAAAGUCUUCCAACAAUCUUCACGAGCAACUCUUGAAAUCUGUCUGCAGAGCGCCAUUACACUUCUUUACAACAACGGAAAAUGGCAGUAUCUUGAACCGCUUCAGCCAAGACAUGACGCUCAUUGACAUGUCGUUACCUUUGGCGUUCUACCUCACGCUCGACCUGACCCUUCGAGGCUUGGUCCAAACGGGAGUUGUUGCAUCGGGCGCAAGCUACUUUGGGGCCUUUCUCCCACUCUCUUUCCUUGCAUUAUACCUCAUCCAGAAGUACUAUCUCCGCACCUCGAGGCAAAUGCGUCUUCUCGAUCUUGAAGCAAAGACACCACUAUACACGCAAUUCACCGAGAUCACGGCGGGACUAUCAACCGUCCGCACGUUUGGGUGGUCCAAAGAACUUUUGGACGAGAGUUUCAAACUGCUCAACACAUCACAAAAACCUUUUUAUCUAAUGUUUUGCAUACAACGAUGGUUAGAGCUGGUGCUUGAUUUCUUCGUCGCUGGCAUGGCGAUGCUGUUGGUUACUAUUGCGCUCCGAAUCCCAGGAACCACAAGCGAAGGAGCAAUAGGGCUCUCUAUGGUCAACUUGCUCGGCCUCAACCUGACUCUAACGACUGUUAUUGAUCAAUGGACGAGUUUGGAGACGUCCUUGGGGGCCAUAGCCAGACUCAAAGCGUUCAUUAGUAGCACACCAAACGAGAACAAGGAAACCGAAAAAGAGAUACCAGAUGACUGGCCAAUCGGCAAAAUUGAGAUUGAGGGGAUCACGGCUUCAUACAGUGAUGAAUCGGAACCGGUCCUCCAUGAUGUAUCUCUAGUCAUCGAACCAGGACAGAAAGUCUGCCUUUGCGGUCGGUCUGGAAGUGGCAAAUCUUCCCUCGUUCUCUCGAUCUUACGACUUCUCGAACUCCAGUCCGGCAGUAUUCGCAUCGAUGGCAAAGAUCUUGCGGAGAUACCACGCCAAUACAUCAGAUCACAAAUCACAACUAUACCCCAAGACCCAGUCAGCAUGUCAGGCACUGUACGGCACAACAUGGACCCUGAAGAGCUCGCCCAGGCGGAUGAGAUGCUCAUAACAGCUUUGAAAAUGACGACUAUAUGGUCAGCCGUUGAAACCCGUGGAGGGUUAGACGCCGAUAUUUCAGCACUUGGCUUCUCAGUUGGACAAUGUCAACUCUUUUGUCUUGCACGAGCGUUGCUAUCCCACUCGAAGAUUGUUCUUCUUGAUGAACCAUCAAGCAGUGUGGAUGACGCCACGACCAAGGAAGUGCGCCAAGUCAUCCGGGAAGUUAUGCACGGCAGGACAGUCAUCGAAGUCACACAUCGACUUGAUCAUGUCACAGACUUUGACAUAGUCGUCGUCAUGAAAGAUGGUAGGAUCGUGGAAACCGGUAAUCCGAGAGAUUUACUGACCCAAGAUUCUGCCUUGAAAGCAUUGCAUGGAUAG